AUGGAAUCGGAGCCUCCUUUCGUGUUUGUGUUAUUAGAUGGUUACUGCACCGAGGCCGGUUGCAGCCCCGGAUGGACUAAUGCAUCCGGGACAGUAACACUAAUCAAAACACGGGCAAAGAAAGUAUUGGUGGAUUGUGGUAAUCCUUGGAACGGUGACGAUAUCGUUGAAGCGCUUUCGAAGCACUCGUUGGGCUGCGACGAGAUCACCGAUCUGGUGAUAACGCACGGGCACAGCGAUCAUUGCGGCAAUCUGUCGUUGUUCAAAUGCGCAACAAUCUACAUGGGCGAUGAUGUGGCCACACGUCAUGCACAUUACAGCACAUUCCUCCAGGUCCUCUCUGGCCGCUGUUCCUCAUUUGCAUAUCUACGAGAUGAUAACUCUUCGUUCGCCGAUCCCUCAUUUGCAUUUCUGCGAUACGAUAACGCUCCUACAGUAGGUGAAUUGGCCUUCAAAAUUGAUGAAAAUAUCGAGAUAUGGCGAACCCCAGGACAUACUGAUCAUGACCUUAGUGUCGUUGUUACCGGAACCGAUCGUGGAACCAUUGCUAUUUCAGGAGACAUUUUUGAAGAAGGGUUUGUGGAUAACUGGAAAGUGAACAGUAAGUAUCCUGAGGAGCAGCAAAAAAGCCGAGAUCGACUAGUGCAAGUUGCCGAUUGGAUUGUCCCAGGACACGGUCGUAUGUUCAAAGCAUGA